GCCAAUCAGGAGACAGCAUGGACUGACAGUAGGAAUCGAUGGCUGCGAGCGUGAAUUCACCGGACGCGUUUGAAUAUCGUUGAAUUUAAACAAUGAUUUCUGGAUCAUCGCUGGUCAUUUUAUUUGCAGCUUUCUGCUUUGGUUUAUGUGAUGACGGUCAUGAAAUGGAAGAGUUUUUAAAGAGAGAGUAUUCACUGUCAAAGCCUUACCAGGGUGUGGGCGUCUCAGGUUCGUCUCACUGGGAGCUGAUGGGAGACGCUCUGGUCACCACGGAUCAUGUGCGUCUCACUCCAGACCAGCAGAGCAAACAGGGAGCCAUAUGGAGCCGAAUACCAUGUCAUCUGAGGGAUUGGGAACUACAGGUUCAUUUUAAGAUUCACGGUCAAGGAAAGAAGAAUCUGAACGGUGACGGUCUGGCCGUGUGGUACACGAAGGAGCGCAUGCAGAAAGGUCCGGUGUUUGGAAACAGGGAUUUCUUCACUGGACUCGGUGUGUUUGUGGACACGUAUCCCAAUGAGGAGAAACUUCUGGAGGCUCAGAGGAAGCGAUACACGCCACGCACGCAGCGGAUCUUCCCGUACGUGUUGGCCAUGGUGGGUAACGGCACCAUCAGCUACGAUCACGAUCGGGACGGGCGACCCACAGAACUGGGCGGCUGCAACGCCAUGGUGCGCAACCUGAAACACGACAGCUUCAUCUUCAUCAGAUACGUGCGCCGCAGGCUCACGAUCAUGCUGGAUAUCGAUGGGCAGCACGAGUGGAGAGACUGUCUGGACGUUCCUGGCGUUCGUCUGCCGCAGGGCUUCUACUUCGGCGCGUCAGCCGUCACUGGAGAUCUGUCAGAUAACCAUGACCUGAUCUCCAUGAAGCUCUACCAGCUGACCGUCCUGCGCAGCAAACAGGAGGACGAGGAGCAGGAGGAGGUCCUGGUUCCCAGUGUGGACAACAUGGACUUGCUGAGACCGUACACGGACGUGGAGGGCAUGAGCAGCAUCAGCAUCUUCUUCUGCGUCCUCUUCUCCAUGCUGGGUGUGUUUCUGCUGGCGGUGGUCGGACUCGUGAUGUACGGACACUGGAGCGAGAGCCGCCGCAAACGCUUCUACUGACACACUUCCUGUCUGAACGAGAAUAACGUGAAGCGCUGGAGCAGCGAGCGUGUGGACGGGACGCUUUGAACUCUCGAUCUGUCAUCCGGAUUCAGCUCAGCAGCUGAUGAUGAUGAAGACCGUACAGCGUCAGGUGUGACUGACAUCACGAGUCUCAGAUGUCAAUGUCUUUCUCAACCACCUCUCCUUCUGUAUUGCUGCACAGCAGCUGCCUUCAUUCUCUCAACCAGUGCUGUAUUUAUAUGUUUUAUAUUAUUAAUUUAUUUAUUGUACAGAAUGUCUAACAUCUUGUCAUCUGUCUAGAUUCAAAUGGGAAAUCUGAAGAGCCCAUGGAAUCAGAAUUAAAGUUUUGUUGUCCAUCUUAUCCAGUGUUAUCUGUACGCCACUGCUGAAACACGUUGAAUCACAAAGAUCUCGUGCUGUUAUAGACUCGUUCAAAGACGUGACUAACUACUAUACUGCAAUAGUACAGUGCAGAAUUGCAGAAACUAACCAGCUCGUCUAAGAGUUUCAUUUUUAACCCACUUAAUUUAGAUAAUUUUUCAGAAAACAAGACUUAUUCAUAUCUUCAGUCAUUUUACCUCUCCAGUAUCUUGAUUUAAGAAUGUUUAGAUAUUUGUACUGGAAAACAAGACACAAACACUGAGGAAGAGCAUCAUUUUUUGCAGUGUGCCGAUCACUCUGAUUGUGUUUUCUGACGUAUAGCGUUUACAUCUGUCAGAUCAGACUUGCAUGUUUAUAUUCAGUGCUGGGUAGUGACUGAUUACAUGUAAUCUGGAUCACAUAGUCAGAUUCCAAAAAUUAAGUACUCGUAGUUAGACUACAGUUACUUUUCUCUUGGUUGCAUGUUAUUCUCACAAUGGCAGUAAAUUACUCAUAAUUCA